AUGAUUCUCUAUCGAUUUUCUAUACUGUGCCUGCUGCUCAGUUCGGUAGCGAUAGCCAAGCGAGGUGGCGGAUCGCACGGAAGAGGACGUUCACGGGCACGAUCCUCCUCUACAUCGCGAUUCACGCGGAAAUUUGCUAAGACUGGUUCAAUUGAGCGAACGUCAUUAUUUCGAUCGACCGUGUUUGGAGCUGCAGCUGGCUAUCUGACAUUCAGUGCUGGAAGGCAUAUCAUCAACGAUCCGUACCGGCCUAUAAUGUUCGGCUCUCGUUCGUACUACUGGAACGCCGAACUGCAAAAGCCAACAGAAGAGUUACCGGUGCAGUGCGUGAACAAAAUCGAUCCCCAGGAUCCACAAUUCGGUCGGGUCUACUUCUCAAAUGAUACACGUCCCACGGAAAUUGCCUAUGGUUGUGCAGAAGGCGAUUACUGCUGUGGAUACGAUUGUUGUCAAGAGGGAACGUUCUUCACCAGCUUAUUCCGUCUCCUGGUAUUCAUCUUGGUGUUGUCCGUGCUUGGAGUGAUUUGCAUUGAGGCUUUUCGAUGGAUACUGAACUGCAUAUACAUGUGUAAAUAUGGCCAUCCACGGGAUGUUGAACCGCUUAGUAUUUAA